GCCCCCGUUGUUGUCUACUUAAGCCCCGCCCCGGGCCGGCUCGCCGGUGCCGCGCUGUCAUGUUGUCCAGGCGCGUGUUGUUGGCUGCGUGGCGGCCCGGCCUCGGCCUCCUGCGGGCCCGCAGCGCCCUGGCGCAGCUCAACGCCGUGCUGGAGGCCGAGCUGGAGAGCAUCCGGAAUGCGGGCACCUGGAAGAACGAGCGGAUCAUCACCUCCCGCCAGGGACCGCACAUUAACGUGCAGGGCAGCGAGGGAGCGAUUCUGAAUUUCUGUGCGAACAACUACCUGGGUCUCUCCAGCCACCCGGCAGUGGUGCAGUCGGGAAUCGAAGCCCUUAAUCAGUAUGGAGCGGGUCUAAGCUCCGUCCGAUUCAUCUGUGGCACACAGAACCUGCACAAGAACCUAGAGGCCAAGAUUGCUAAAUUCCAUCAGAGGGAAGAUGCCAUUCUCUAUGCCAGUUGUUUUGAUGCCAACGCUGGGAUUUUUGAGGCUCUGCUGACUCCCGAGGAUGCCCUUCUCUCCGAUGAGCUGAACCACGCGUCGAUCAUCGACGGGGUCCGGCUGUGCAAGGCCAACAAGUACCGCUACAAACACAUGGACCUCACUGACCUGGAGGCCAAGUUGCAGGAAGCUCAGAAGCACAGGAUCCGCCUGAUUGUCACAGACGGGGUUUUCUCCAUGGAUGGUGACGUGGCUCCACUGAAAGAGAUAUGUGACCUGUCGGACAAAUACCACGCCCUGGUCUUCAUUGACGAAUGCCACGCCACCGGCUUCAUGGGACCCAAUGGACGGGGCACAGAUGAGCUGCUGGGAGUGAUGGACCGGGUCCACAUUGUCAACUCCACUCUGGGGAAGGCGUUGGGUGGAGCAGCAGGUGGCUACACCACGGGACCCAAGGCAGUGGUGGACCUUCUGCGGCAGCGCUCCCGUCCCUACCUCUUCUCCAACACGCUGCCCCCUCCCGUGGUCGGAUGUGCCUCCAAAGCUCUGGACCUCUUGAUGGACAACAAUGAUAUUGCUCACACCAUGGCAUCCAAGGUCAAGCGGUUCCGCAGUCAGAUGACGGCUGCAGGAUUCUCCAUUGGUGGCAUGGACCACCCCAUCUGCCCGGUGAUGUUGGGCGAUGCCCGGCUGGCAUCCGCUAUGGCUGAGGACAUGUUGCAACGAGGAAUCUACGUGAUCGGCUUCAGUUUUCCAGUCGUUCCCAAGGGCAAAGCCCGGAUCCGUGUGCAGAUCUCUGCCUCCCACAGCGACCAGGACAUCAACCGGUGUGUGCAGGCCUUCCUGGAGGUUGGCCGCAAGCACGGGGUCAUUCCUUGACAGACAUCCGAAGCUCAAAGAGCAGCUGAUUUUAUCUGUCUGUGUGUGUGUGUGUGUGUCGUGAAUGACAUCGAUGACACAAAGUAUAUUUCCACUCCAAAAAAAUUAUGAAUGUUGCUUUCUGGGCAAACUAAUUUAAUCAGGGUUCCAAUGUGAUUUUUGUGCCUUUUUCUGGAAAGCAUAUGUCAGACUUGUGAGAAACAAGUUACUUUUUGAUUGCAUUUAUAAAAUGGAAUGUUGCAGCUAA